AAAAGGGGUUUACGCAGGUGUUUACGUUCUUCGACUUCCGUAGCUGCCUGGAGCGAAUUAACGUUGUCGAUCUGACGUUAAAAAACGACAUUUGACAAAAAACUGUCGGUCAUGUUUAUUCGUUUUAGCUUAAGUACCAGAGAUGCUUCGCAAAACAAUAUGAUCGAGGCCGUUUGCUGUCCAUUGUAGGCGCUGUAUCACGAGUUUUCCUCAUCAUUCAUCGCAGGCAAAGCUAAAGCUAGCGCUGUGUUAACAGCGCGUCAGCGGCUCUGGGCAUAAUUUAAUAAACCAUCGCCCGAUUCGCACUUUGUCCAGGGUUAGUUUAGAUAAAAAAAAAGAAAGGCAGUCAUGGCCACUAGGCGUCUGACCGAUGCCUUCUUGUUAAUGCGGAACAAUGCUAUCCAAAACCGGCAGAUAUUGGCUGAGCAAGUGAGUACAUACGACCCCCGUCUGAGUACACGUAGCAAUGCUGCGGAGCUUGAUGAGUUGGCUGAUGAUCGGAUGGCCCUGGUGUCGGGGAUCAGUCUGGAUCCUGAAGCUGCCAUUGGAGUCACCAAGAAACUGCCUCCUAAAUGGAUAGAGGGGGUUGAUGAGAUCCAGUAUGAAAUCACAAGGGUUCGUCAGAAGAUGAAGGAUCUGGCCUUACUUCAUGACAAGCACAUGAAUCGUCCCACGCUGGAUGACAGCAGUGAAGAGGAGCACGCAAUAGAAAUCACUACUCAGGAGAUCACACAGAUGUUCCAUCGAUGCCAGCGAGCUGUGACGGGUUUGCAGUCCCGCUGUGGCCACUGCACCGAGCAGGAGGAGAGGCUCUUGAGAAAUGUUGUGUCGUCUCUGGCACAGAGCCUGCAGGAGCUCUCCACCAAUUUUAGGCACACGCAGUCCAGCUACCUAAAACGUAUGAAGAAUCGUGAGGAGAGAUCAAAGCACUUUUUUGACUCCGGACCCUUAAUGGAAGAGGAUGAAGAUUUAGCUAUUUAUGACAAAGGGUUCACAGACGAUCAAUUGAUGCUGGUGGAGCAGAACACAGUUAUGGUUGAAGAACGAGAGAGAGAGAUUCGACAAAUAGUUCAGUCCAUCUCAGACCUGAAUGAGAUUUUCCGGGACUUGGCUGGGAUGGUGGUGGAGCAGGGCACCGUUCUUGACAGAAUCGACUUCAAUGUGGAGCAGGCUUGUGUUAAAACAGAUGAUGGGUUGAAACAGCUGCAAAAGGCAGAGCAGUACCAGAAGAAAAACAGAAAGAUGCUGGUCAUUUUGAUCCUCUUUGUCAUAGUCAUUGUUCUAAUUAUUAUUCUUUUUGGAACAAAGUUUUAAUCCUGCAUUCCUUUGGCUUGUUUUUCUGUCUGGGUGUUUGUUGUGCAUCUGUGUGGACUUGGACUGGCUUCUCCUCUGAACAAGAGUGACUGUCUUUCAUCAGCAACCAGGAAACAUCACGGUGAACUUUGGGCUUUGCCAAGAUGUUUUCUGGUUGAUUUUAAUGAAAGAAACAAUCGACGGUCUGAGCUGUGACUGUGACGGAGGUUUGUCAAACCUGAGCGGGCUGAUAGUCAUGUCUCAACAAAAGAACACACUCUGUAGUGUAAACAAAUGCACUGCUGAGGUCACUUAAGAGAAGCUGCUUUGACUCAAAGCACCAACUGUGACAUGGUCUGAAGAUAAAUUAUUUCUGUCUAAUAUCUUUACAGACGUUUAGGUUCUGUGGAGGAAAUGUGACAAGAAUGAAUGUUUGGAAAAAUGCAUGCAGUAGGUCCAAUAGCACUGCAAACACAUUUUGACUCUGGUUCUGGUUCUGGUUCAGUAUUUACCUUAAAAGACUAGAGGAGAAUAAUUUGUAUUAGAGCAGCAACAGAUACGAUUAAAACAGCCAUUCAGUACCAAAAAUGUUCAUUUGGUUUAAGGACCACCUGUUAUUUUUAUUUCCAUUAGCCUUUACUGUAUUAGUGAUAUUAUUGAGGUCCUUGUUACUCCACUGAGGAGAGUGUACACAGCCACAAGCCUUUGGUUUUAAAUCCAUCCCUGUCUCACAGUCACUUAUCAUGAAGUGCUCCUUUUAAAAUAUGUUUUGUUGUUAUUUUCCAUGGUCCUUGCAUAAAGUGCUACCUUUUUAAAAACUCUUGCAGUUUGCACAUAUUGAAGCCUGAGGGGGAGGGGUCGUGUUAUGGAUGUAAUACUACUGUCAUCUGUAUGAUAAAAAUAAGAAUUUAUUUAUUUUCUAAUGACUUCAGAUAAUCCAGAGGUGUCCUGUCUCUGACAGAUGUGCUGUACAUUGAGUCGAGAGUUUGUGUAGCGUGAACCUGAGUUGUUGUCCACUCCACUAAGGAAGCUGUUAUGUAGUUCAACACUAGCAGACGGCUGAAGACAGCAAUAUGAUUUUAUUUUUUAUUUUUCCGGGCGGGACGCAUUACAUUUAAUUUCAUCAGACUGUUGGACACUCAUGUCCUUGUGUCCUGUAAAGACUGAUAAGCUGAAACAACGAAGAGCUUUAUUUAACAUAUCUGUGCUCGACUCUACACUUUAUACACCUGUUAAAUCAUCUCUGUCAUUGAUGUGAAGUUGUACGUGUGAAAACAAAUGUCUUUGUGUUGCCUCCCUUGAGUAUUGUUUUUUUCCAAACAAAACAGGUGAGGAAACGGCAACUUCUUUCUUUUUAUAAAUAAACUUGAAAUGUGAUGGUG